AUGUACAGAGCCUCCCCCAUGAGCCCUCGUCCAGACCUGUUCAUUGCUGUAACCAGGCCUUUCCAUUACUACUUUCAUCCCCGCUUCUUUCUUGCUCAUCUUGCACAGUUGCAAUUGUUUGCCCAGACUCAACUGUUCAAUAAAUUUUACGUUGCCUGUGGUCGUUAUUUUGAUGGCGAUGUUGAUGGUGAUAUUGGUGGUGAUGAUGAGGUUGAUAGCGGUGAUGUUGAUGUUGCCAAAUUUUAUAAGUAUGCUGUUGAGGAUGAUGAUGCUGAUUAUGUAAUUCUGUUGGAGAACACGGUCGUGAAGUUAAUGUUGAUGAUAGUGCUUAUACUGAGCCUGUGUAAAAUUGUGAGGAUGAUAAUGAUACGGAUGAAGAUGGUGAUGCCUGAUCUGAAUACUAAUUAG